AUGGCGUCCGCGUCAAUUUUGCCGCUCGUGUUAUCUGCUCGCGCAAUUGUAAGAGCCUGUUCUAAGCAGCAAAGUCUCGCACAUGCAGCCGAGGACAACGGUCACCAGGCCAGGCAUGUGCCCAAUGUCAUCGUCGCGGACAGCUCCUCACAUUCGGAUAUUUCCUUCCUUGUCUAA